GUCUACGACAGGUCACAUGUUCGCUCGCGUUGGCUUGAAUUAAUUGGGAAGGGAAGACUCCCGGCUAGGCCUAUGGUCUUGUUCUGUACUUUAAAACAUUCGAGUUUGGUCUGUUGGUUUUUACGAUCACUCUGAGACAAAUAUGGAGGCAUCAUUAGCAGCCAAUAUCAUCAGUUUUCUUGGCAAAACAGGUGGAAGAGACAAACUAUACAGGACUUGUCAGUAUGGAAGCAGAUUUGUGUGGUGGUGUGUACAGGAGAGCAAACGUGAUCCAGAAUUGGUGAAGAAGCUGAAGGGUUUAGACUCCCAUCUGAGCACCAGUAGGAAAUUACUCAGAAUUGGCAAAAGUGUUGAGUUUCUACGGGCAGCACAGAAAUCCAUCCAUCGGUCAGACCCCUUUCUCCAGUUCACUAUUACCUUAGCCAAUAUCAACAAGGCCUCCUAUCUACUCAUUGACCACCUCUUGUGGAUGCAUCGGAUAGGUCUAGUCAAAGUCAAUAGUACGUACUAUGGUCAUCUAUCAAGUCGCUUCUGGUUGGCCACUCUGCUGCUCAGCCUAAGCACAGACCUGUAUGCCAUUCUUGGUGUCCUUGGUACUCUCCUUCAGACUGAUACGACAAAGGUGUCUUUGGACUCUGAGAAAGCCGUGAAGCAGUAUUCCAAUGGCUCUGCCUCAGGGGCACUUCCUAGCCAUGAGACCAAUGGCCACAGUAGCCACACGAUGCAUAGGACCUCACUAAAGCAGGUUUUGACGACACUAUUCCGGUAUCAUCUAGGACUCAUUUUGGACACUCUCAAGAACUUGGCCGACUUGUUCCUGCCAUUAUCAUAUCUCGGUCACAUCAGUAUAUCAUCAGGAUUACAAGGUCUCCUGGGUUUAAUAAGUUCUAUAAUUGGAGUGUUGACUGUAUGGGAUACCAAAUAUCGAUUGGCAAUAUGAACACAUCUCGCAGUAUGCAGGGCUCGACACAAGCUUUGUGUAUCUGUGGUAAAGUUAUUCCAACCUGUAUAAGAGCUCAAUAGAAUUAUCUAACUUUUUAAUCUUCAUAGUCUAACCUUCAAAUUGAAUUCAUAUUCAAUAUCACAUGAGAACUUCCAUGUCUAAGCCUGCAUUUAUGUGCUUGUGAUGUACAUGUAUGUCUGUCCCAUUUUCAUUCUCUUGUCUCUUUAUGGAAAUAGUGACAAUGAUCUUGUGAGGUUAUAAAGGGGUUUUCUAAAGGUGAUAGAAGUUCAAUGUGCACAAAUCUGGUAGUGUUGAAGGCAGAAAUUUUGACUUUAAGAUAACAUCUAUAAGUAGAAUUUCAGGUACAUGUAGGUGUAACCAAGAUAAACAAUGAUUAAAUGGAUUAUUGACUAACUUUUUUCUCAUGGUUUGCCAAGGACUGAGUAAAAUUUUAUUUAUGUUCAGGGUGCUCUGUAAAUCCAAGCGAUAGAAAAAAAUCUAUAUGUAUGUACAAAAGUCAACAUUUUAUCAACAAUGGGAAUGCAGGUACAAAGUCCAUUUGUUUUAUUGUACAUUAUCAAUGCAAGAGGGUAAACAUGAAAGGGUUUAUUUUCAUUUGGUCCAAUGCCAAUUCAUCCAAUUGCCAACUCGUCUACUAUCAUUUAGUCUACCAUCAGUUCGUCCAAUAUCCACAUGUUCUAAUUGCCAUUUCGUCCACUCACCAUCCAAUAACCAGUUGGUACAAUAGCCAUUUAGUCCGUAUACAAUGUUCCAUUUGGUCUAGUUAGACUUUAGUGUUAAUUGGGCAAAAUUGAUGAAAAUAAAACGAAUAUUAGACCGACUGGUUAUGAGACGAAAUGGUCAUAGACGAAGUGAUGAUUGGACCGAACGGUUAUUUGACCGAAUACUGUACAUCUUCUACUUUGAGUGCUACUUCGAGGUUCUGAAGAAUAACACAGUACAUGUUAUACUAGUAUUCAGGGUUAGCUUAGCUGCAGGGUCAGCAAAUCAUGUAUUUACUUUUUAUACACAAAGGUCAAGUAUGGACCCUACCAAAUGCGUCAGGAGAAUUCAAGGCAUUUGUUAUCUCGAGUGUUGACAUACAGAAGGAUUGAACUUUUUUUUCUGCCAAAGUUAUAAGUAGGUACCAAUAUAAUCACUAAAAUCUUGAUAUAAUCUAGUUGGCCCUGCAUAUGAACCUGACCGCAGAAUCUUGACAUUAAAGGGGUUCUCCAGGCUGAAAAUAAUUAUAUCUAAAUAAAUAGAGUAAAAUUCACCAAGCAAAAUGUUGAAAUUCAUCAAAAUCUGAUAACAAACAAGGAAGUUACUGAAUUUUUAAAGUUAAGCAAUAUUUUGUGGAAACAAUUAUAUGCAUGUUAUCAUGAAUAUUCAUCCUUACUUUCCUUUUUCUUAUGUUACUACAUGAAACCAUAAUUAUUACAGAUUUUCAUGUGUGUAGGAUGUGCCUCCCUUAGUAAAAUAAGUUGCAGCAACUUGUGAAUAUCUAAAUGCAUUAAAUCAGUUGUCAAUCCAUUUUUUCUAUUUUUUGGAGGACAAAAUUUGAAUGAAUAUAAUUUCAUGUAAUAGAAUAAAAAAGAACAAGUGGAGAUACGACAUCAUUAGUUUGCUCAUUGAAUAUUCAUGAAGACAUGCAUAAAACUGUUUCGCCAAAUAAUGCAAAUCUUUAAAAUGUCAGAACUUUGUUGUUCCUUGUCCAAUUUUGUUGAAAUUUCAGUGUUUUGUUUGUCUAAUUUUUCCUUAUAUUUUCAAAUCAUAUUUAUUCUUAGCCUGGAGUACCCCUUUAAUGAUCUUUGCUUACUAUUGAAUGUGACAGAACUCUCUUUGAAUUUGAAAUGUAAUGAUCUUUUGUAGUUCACCCACUUCAUCCAACAACUCAUUAAAAAUACCUGAAGACAAGUUGUGAAAGCAUUCCUUACAUAUGUUUUAGUCAGGGUUUGUAAUGAUUUUCAAUUAGUGUUGUUUUUUUGUACGUUUAUUGACAUCAGUCAUAUAAUUCGAUGCUAUUAAUCGAUUUGGUACUGGAAGUUUUUCAUUUUAAUUGUUAGGAAUGCUAGAAAGAAUAUUGUCACCCAAAGAUUGCCUUCUAGGAGCUUUGUUCUAUGAAAUGGAGCAAAAAGUAUAAUUUCAUGAAUAAAAUAGCAUAAUUCAAUUGAUUGAUAUAAAAUAAAACAUGAAUUUAGUGCAAUUUAAUAUGCAACCGCAUAGAUUAUGCCAUUUUCUACCUUUGUGCAAAUUUUCAUUGUAAACAUGCAAUCCACGACCAAGAUCAAAGGGGGUGCCAAAAAAGCCCCCCCCCCCCCUCCCCCGAAUAUAAGCUUGCAAAACCCAACGUAGCCCAGGAAAGUUAGGGUUAAAGAUCUUUCUUUUUUUUUCUUCUUAUUUUGUAACCUGCCUCACACACAGCAUUAUAUACCGUACAUGUAUUCUUUGAAAUACUUCGUACAAAAUACCUAUAUUUUCAUUAUAAAAUUUUACUGCCUUAUAUGUGUUAUGGCAUGAAUCACUUGUAAAUUCUUCUAUUUUAUGUAGUUUAUUUCUUAAAUCAUUUAUAUACCUUGAUUAUGAAUUUGUCAAAAUAUUAAUCCAAUUUUGCAGCCCUUCAAGAAAAUAUCUUAUUAGUAAAUAAAGAGGCUUCAAUAGGAGGUAAUAAUUUAUGAACAAAUUUUCGGCAUUACUCCUAUGGUUAAGAACGCAUGCUCGAUCUGUAAUGAAAAUUGACUUAUGAUUUUCAUUACAGAUCGAGCAUGCGAUCUUAAACACAUACAGUAGGAGUAAUGCCAAAAAUUUAUUCACAAUUUAAUAUCUUAUUACUAUAUGUAGCUUGAUUAUGUUAGAAAGCAGUAGUAUUUUACAUUUAAUUUGAAUUAAUUUACAGUAAAGGCUGGCCUGAAAAUUGUCAAUCAUACUCAAAUAUAACAUACAUGUAUGCAAGAAUUUAUCAAACCGAGUGUUGGUUGGUUAUUAACAAUUAUUUAAUUUGAUGUAUAACCUGAAAGUAAGAAUAUUGAUUGUGCAUGUAAUGCCUUAUUUGUAUAUUUUUUUUGUAAUUUGCAAUUGCAAUUCGAUUUAUUGUUUAUAUAAUACAGUAUAUGGUACUUGUUUAUGGUGGUUUAUAUUUCAAAGCAUUUCAUUCAGUACUUUAUAAGAAAAGGGAUGAUGCAAUCAUCGAAAAUCAUGGAGUGAGAAUUAAUCUCUAAUUGACAUUGUUUGUGAUUUGUAUAAUUUUGCACUUUUGAUGUGGUCUAUGAAUAUUCCAUUUCAAGAAAUGAUUUUGUGAUAACAUGACAUCUACAUUUAAAAUGAAAUGAAAUAAAUGCUUACUUUUUCUUACUUCA